GUAUUUGACUGACGGCAAGUUUUGUUUCGGUUGGAUGAUAGCCGCGAACAUACAGCGCGCGAGGGUUGGUUUUAAGGAAGCGAUUGCAGCUAAUUCGUAUUCUGAACUGUCACCUUGUCGUUAUGAAAUAUUAAACGUCGGAGCAAUAUCGACCAACGGACAUCUCACCUGAGCUUUUACGAAACGAUGCUAAUCAAUUGGUUAUGUAGGAUACUGCUUGUAGCUAAAAUAUAUCAACGCUAGCAUUAGCCGGUUAGCUAGCCAGUAAUAUCAGGAUACGGUUCGUGCUUAAUUUGCUUGUGCUGCUUAGCUACAGCCUUAAGGAUGCUCGCAAAUUAGCUAACGUACUAGUAAAAGGCAGGGCUAGCUAGUUAGCUUGACAAGUCGUCGCGGCGUCAAGAGGAAUAAUCUAUUCUAUCAUCACAUCACCAUCACCAUUUGAUGUUUUUAUUCCUGGGAACCACUGAAUGGAUUGAAUCAAUUUAACCAAAUGUCACCAUAGAUAGGUAAUGAGACCAGCAUAUGAUUGUCAGUUAGCUAACUAACGUUACCAGUAGUAGCGUCUGUAACGUUCAUUUAUUUUUCCUGCCUAGAAUUUUGGACAUUGCAAUAGCCAAUGUUAGUUAUAGUGUUCAAGUCCGCAAUAUAGUCUAGCUCCUGUGAGUUUAGGAAGUCGUAUAACGUUACCGAGAAACCUUGUUAACGUUGCCAACUUGAUACUGUAGCAAAAGAGCGCUUUUCUGAUUCGAGUGAUAUUUAGAUAGCUGGUACCAAUGCAUUUCAAGAGUGACUGAUGAACCACUUUGGUGGAUGAAUGCGUCGUAUUCAGAUAGCUGGUGUAGCGUUAACGUUAAUCGAAUUAAGGUAGCUGACUGUAAAUGAUCAAAACUAGUAUACGCAGAAAGGUAUUUGUUUUGUAGCUAGUUGAAAUAAGCUGCUCAGCUACCUUUAUAUGUCAUUUUUUAAAUUAACCGUGUGGCAUUAGUUGGCUAUGACAAAGAGUCCCAUUGUCUAUAAAUGUGAAAGAAUCUGAGAAGUUAGACUAAUUAGUUGGCUAAGUAACGUAACUAGCUAGCUAACUACCACUGUAAUGCAAUGAUCAUUUCAGAAAGAAAAUAAGUUGAAUUUUCUGGCUGACAAGCUAUCUUAAUAUAGACAAAUGGAAUUAGCUAUCCAGCUAUCUAAAAGUUUACCUCUGUAGCGUUAGUUCGUUUUUCAGACAUUAGCUAAUUAUUUAGCUAGCCAAUUUGUUAGCUAAGCUUAAUGUGAUGUCUGUAUAUUACUAGCUAGCUGGCAGCUAGCGUACGUUGGGAAUUAUUCUGCCCGGAGCCUGUCUGGCGAGACACUAAACGUUAGCUAAAUGAACAUUACGUCCAGUGGUUAUCCAGAGACAGACAAAUCCGACAACAUCGAAAUACAUAGAACGAGGCUAAUAUUCAAAGUUCUGAACGUUUACGGUAACGUUAUCUAUGGCGGAGUUAGGGAAGAACGGCGGAGUGUGUUCACCCACUACAGAAAAGAAAUUGGCCGUAACCAGGGAUGAGACAGACGAAGAAACACAAUGCAAAGAAUCAGUGUCGAACGGGGACUGUGGGGUUCCAACCAUGAUUGGGUCCGAAUCUCCAACCCAACAAGACAGCCCGGGACUAGAAACAGCCAACAGCACCUCUGUCGGACUUGAUACGAAAUCUGGGAUACCCCGGAGAAGCAGUAUUAUAAAGGAUGGCACGAGGCAGCGUAGAGAGAGGAAGAAGACAGUUUCUUUCAGCAGCAUGCCAACAGAGAAAAAAAUAAGCAGUGCCAGCGACUGCAUCAAUGCCAUGGUGGAAGGCUCUGAGCUGAGGAAGGUCAGAUCCAACUCCCGCGUCUACCACCGCUACUUCCUGCUGGAUGCUGACAUGCAGUCUCUUCGGUGGGAGCCCUCUAAGAAAGAGUCUGAGAAGGCCAAGAUAGAUGUCAAGUCCAUCAAGGAAGUGCGGACAGGGAGGAAUACAGACAUUUUCAGAACCAAUGGAAUAUAUGACCAGAUAUCAGAGGAUUGCGCUUUCUCGAUUAUAUAUGGAGAGAACUACGAGUCCCUGGAUUUGGUGACAAACUCUGCCGAUGUGGCGAACAUUUGGGUGACAGGGCUCCGGUACCUAAUAUCCUAUGGGAAACACACCCUCAACAUGAUUCAGAGCAGCCAAGACAACUUGCGGUCUUCCUGGCUUUCUGAUCUCUUUGCUGAUGCUGAUACCAAAGGCAACAAGCAGAUAAGUUUGUGCUCUGCUGUGCAGCAGAUCAAAGACUUAAAUCCUGGCCUGAAAAAUGUAAAAAUAGAGCUAAAGUUCAAAGAAUUUCACAAAUUUAAAGGUAAGGUAGGUGGUGAGGUAACCAAGGAGGAAUUCAUUGAAGUUUUUCAUGAUCUUUGCACCAGACCAGAAAUUUACUUCCUCUUAGUCCAGUUCUCCAGUAACAAGGAGUUCUUGGACACCAAAGACCUAAUGAUGUUCCUGGAAGCAGAGCAAGGUAUGGCCCAGGUAAGUGAAGACAUCAGUCUAGAAGUCAUCCGAAAGUAUGAACCUUCUAAAGAAGGGCAGCUGAAGGGGUGGCUCUCCCUAGAUGGCUUCAUGAAUUAUCUCAUGUCAUCAGAGUGCCACAUAUUUGACCCUGAACAGAAGGCAGUCUGUCAGGAUAUGGACCAACCCCUGUCCCACUAUUAUAUCAAUGCCUCCCACAACACUUACUUGAUUGAGGAUCAGUUUCGGGGCCCCUCUGACAUCACAGGAUAUAUUCGUGCUCUAAAGAUGGGCUGCAGAAGCGUAGAGUUGGAUGUGUGGGAUGGACCAGACAAUGAGCCAGUCAUCUACACAGGCCACACCAUGACAUCACAGAUUGUUUUCCGCAGUGUCAUUGAUGUUAUCAACAAGUAUGCUUUCGUUGCAUCCGAGUUCCCCUUGAUCCUCUGCCUGGAAAACCAUUGUUCCCUGAAGCAACAAACGGUCAUGUUCCAGCACCUGAAAAAGAUCCUGUCGGAUAAGUUGCACAUUGAUCCACCUAGAACUGAUGAUAGCUACCUACCCUCCCCUGCUCAUCUGAAGGGGAAAAUCCUCCUGAAAGGUAAGAAGCUGAGCCCAAACUGCACAGGUGCAGAGGGUGAUGUGACUGAUGAGGACGAGGGCGCGGAGAUGUCCCAGAGGAUGAGCAAUGAAUCAGGGGACCAGCCAAACAGUGUCCCACCCAAAAAGUUUCAGCUCUCUAAGGACCUUUCGGAUCUGGUGACUCUUUGCAAAUCCGUGGGAUUCAAGGACUUCCAAGCAGCAUUUCAGUGCCAGAAGUACUGGGAGUUCUGCUCCUUCAAUGAGGUUUUUGCCAGCCGCUGUGCCACGGAAUUCCCAGGUGACUUUGUGAACUACAAUAAGAAAUUUCUGGCACGGGUUUACCCAAGCCCAAUGCGGAUCGAUUCGAGCAACAUGAACCCUCAGGACUUCUGGAAGUGCGGCUGCCAAAUCGUGGCCAUGAACUUCCAGACCCCAGGCCUGAUGAUGGACUUGAACAUUGGCUGGUUCCGUCAGAACGGGAACUGUGGAUAUGUCCUCCGUCCAGCCAUCAUGAGGGAGGAAGUGUCGUAUUUCAGUGCUAACACCAAAGACUCUGUCCCCGGCGUUUCCCCGCAGCUCCUGCACAUAAAGAUCAUCAGUGGACAGAAUUUCCCCAAACCCAAGGGCUCAAGCGCCAAGGGCGAUGUCGUUGACCCGUACGUCUAUGUGGAGAUUCACGGCAUUCCAGCUGACUGCGCUGAACAAAGGACUAAAACUGUGCACCAGAAUGGGGACAACCCCAUUUUUGAUGAGAGCUUUGAGUUUCAGAUUAAUCUUCCUGAGCUGGCGAUGGUACGCUUUGUGGUGCUGGAUGAUGACUACAUUGGGGACGAGUUUAUUGGGCAGUACACCAUUCCCUUUGAGUGCCUGCAGCCUGGCUUUCGGCAUAUCCCACUUCAGUCACUGACAGGGGAGAUUCUGCCACAUGCCUGGCUGUUUGCCCAUGUUGCCAUCACCAACCGUCGAGGAGGGGGCAAGCCUCACAAGCGUGGACUGUCAGUGCGCAAGGGCAAACGGAGCCGAGAGUACGCCAGUAUGCGAGUACUGUUCAUCAAGGCCGUGGACGAGGUCUUCAAAACUGCAGCUCAGCCACUGAGGGAGGCCACAGACCUUCGAGAAAACAUGCAGAAUGCCAUUGUUCCAUUUAAAGAGCUGUGUGGCCUGUCGGCUGUGGCAAACCUCAUGCAGUGCAUCCUGGCGCUGUCGUCUCGCCUCACCGGGGCAGACAAUGCCCCCCUCCUGGUGUUCAACCUGAAGGACCAGUACCCCACCAUGGAGCCGCUGGGGCUUCUGCCUGAGGUGCUGAGGAAGGUUGUCAUGGCCUAUGAUGUGAUAAUCCAGACGAGCAAGGCUAUGAUUGAGAACUCGGAUAGCGUCUAUGAGAGGCUGCUGCAGAUCCAGAGAUCAGCAAUGGAGUUCCAUGAGCACCUGCACGAGAUGGCUGUGAAGGAGGGGCUGAAGGGCCGCAAGCAGCAGAAGGCCGUGGAGAGCUUCACCUGGAACAUCACCAUCCUGAAGGGCCAAGCAGACCUGCUGAAACAUGCCAAGAAUGAGGUUCUGGAGAACCUCAAACAGAUCCACUAUGCUGCUCUCACCUGUAACCUGUGUAAGGGCGGGGCAGAGGGUGUGGCCGGAGCAGAGGGCAAGCCCCGCCGCAGCCUGGAGGUCAUCCCAGAGAAGGCGGGGCCAGAGGACGACCCACAGGAUGGGGAGAACUAAGGGUAUCUCCCCCUUUCUCCACCUAAAAAAUUACCCUAAAAUUCCCCAAGCCAGCCCCAGGAUCGUCUCUCUACGGUCCAGAGGUAACGCACAGAAUUGUCAUGGGACAUCCAUAAAUGUGGUGGAAACAGAGCAUUUAAACACAGAUAGGGUGAAUUCAAGAGACCUCUUCUGUUCAUUUUGGCAGUUUCUAAAGCACAAAAUACAGGUCGAUGUGAAUGUAGUAGAGGACUGUGAGAGGGCAGAGAUUGUAAAGUUUACAGUGCAACUGAUUAUUUUUUUGUCUGCCAAAAUGUUUGUGUAUAUAUGGAGAUCUGUUACUUUGUUUUUACAUUGUGUAUUAUUGCGAUCUCCCCCUUUUUUGAAUAAGAUUUCUUAUUUUAGAGGUGAGCCAGAUAAAGAUUAAUUUUAUGUGUUUUAAAAUGUUGAACUGCCAGGCAUGAUGGCAUUCACCCUGUACAGGACCCCCCUGUGCGGGAUUCCUCAUACGGACCAACAAUGUUCUGAGCCAAGACCAGCAACUUCUCUGUAAAAGUGAGGGGGGGAGGGAGCAAGAGUUUGAAACAGGGGCUGAGUGACUUGUGGGUAGUGAAUGUUUCGUGUGUCUAACUUAUUGAAUAAUAAUAAUAAUAAUAAUAAUAAUAAUAGCUUCUGAACCAUUCCAGGUAAUAAACUUAGUUGUCUGUUUAUGGAUAGCGAUACACAUUUGGGUGCCUCAUGGCUCUAAGUCAGCGAUGUGAGGAGAUGAAUGGUUCUCCUCGGACGUGUCCAGCCCCAACCUGCCGUUUUCUCACCCCGCCCGCGGCUCAUUUUCUAAACCCGGUCCAUUUGUCUGGUCCGUUCUGCGGCUCUGAGCCUGUCACACGUCCACUUCCUGUCGAUUCCAUCACCCACAAAGUGUUCACUCAAGCCUCAUGAGAAAAUGUUGUCAUUUAUGAACUUCAGUGCAGUGCCAGUGGGUGUGUAUUUAUAACCGAAGUUGACCAUUUAUACCAGUUGAAUAUGUGCCACCAGUUUCACAUCAGUUCCCGGUUUUUUUGGAAUCUGUUAAAAAUUCCAUUUCCAGAAUAAACUAACUGAAAUAAAUCUC